CGGGUGCCUCCUCCCCUUCUUCUCCCUCUGAGUCUGUUAGAGAAAAGAAGCGCUUUCUUCCUGCCUCCCAGGCUGCUCCGCGCCACCGGUUGCCGGGGAACACUGGUUGCCUUGGGGAGGGAUGGCGGGAGGUUAUGGAGGAGGAGGUGUUGGGAAUCGUAUUGAGUUGGAGAAGAGCUUGGGAUCGCCAUGAAACAACGAAAAGGCCCCGGAGCCGGGAGCGGCCGUGGCCGCAAGAAGAGAGGUUUGAGUGACAUUUCUCCAUCUACAAGCUUACCACCCCUGGUCGAAGGCCAACUACGCUGCUUUCUGAAACUUACUAUUAAUAGAGUCAUAUGGAAGAUUGCAAAGCCUCCUGCUUGUGUACUCGUUCGAGUACGAUGGUGGGGAGAAACAACAAAUGGAACCCUCUUUUGUCCCAGGGAUGCUCUGCAGACAGAGCCAAAAGUUGUGAGAACAACAACACGUUAUGCUAUUCGCUGUGGUCCAAAGCAAUUUACCUCAUACCUUACAGAUAUGGCUGUGCUGGUGCUAGAAGUUAUCACCAAGCAUGAUCAUCUUCCAGUUGGUAGAGUUCAUAUCAGUGGACUAGCCCAGCUUUCUCCAACCCAUCACAUCAAUGGACUUUUUACCAUUAUCUCACCAACAUCUAAGAAACUUGGAGAACUCCAGGUCUCACUUGCCUUGGAACCUCUGUCAGAAACUUAUGACAGCUACAAUCCUCUUCCUACCACUGACUUGACAGAAAGUGUGCUUUUAUCUGAGCAAGGAUUCAGAGAAAAUACUGAACCCAACAAUAUCCAGUGUCUGGUUCCAUCAAAGCCUCAAAAGAUACCUGGCAACAAAAUUGAUGGAAAAGAAUUAACAGCCAGUAGUAGCCGAUCAACUACUCCAAGGGGAAAGGAUCACUUGUACUUUGCAGAGAACUCUGAUACAAUAAAAGACUCUUCCUUUGGACUACAGCACCAUCUUAAUUCAGAAAAGAGCUUAGAGUCUAUGAUUCUAAAAGGCAAAGUCCCACAAAAGCAGAUGUCCCUUCUCAACAGUCCUGAAUUACAGCCUCAAAUUAGUUCAGUCACCAAGAGCCACAGUGAAUCAUGUGUUCUUUCUUCAAACAAUCCGCCUACUAAGGACCUGCUUUCAGCUUUGUUAGAACAAGGAAAUAAACUGCGUAAUGCCAUGGUGAUUUCUACAAUGAAAUCAACUCCUGAAACUAGUAUGCUUUUAGAUGAAGUUGAUCCUUCUAUAAAGAAAGAAUAUCUUACAGCAUCAACACAAAUCAAAGCCUUACCUGAGAAUCAACUUAGAGACUACACUGAAGAACAUCUUCCUCCAUCUGAUAAUGCAUUUUGGAAACAUGAUACAAAAACUGAGACUGGAGCCAUACAGCUACUAUUAGACAGUGUGGAAUUAUGCCAAGGUAAUAUCUGGAAUGGACUCGGCUCUCCUCCAGAUUCCCCAUCUCCUGGGAGUGAAAUAUACUGCAGCAGUGAACUCAAUGACCCUCAAUAUGACCAAAGUCUCCUAGAGAACUUAUUUUACACAGUACCUAAAUCUGAUACAACCAUCAGUGAUUUCUGCAGUGAAGAGGAUGAUAAUGUCACUUCUAAAAAACUGAGUCAGUCAAGUACUUAUGCCAACAAUUCGAAGGUUCUGGAAUCAAAUGACCACAAGCUGAAGAAGAGAGCUGGCAAGAAAAAUAGAAAUUUAGUUGAACAACAAAUGCAGUCAGCAACUCCAGAAGAAAUUCAAGUGAUGACACUAAGCACAGAUAGACUGGCACUCCUAGGUAGGACACAUUCAGUCAGAAUCAUCAUUGAAACUAUGGGAGUUCCUCCAGAGAGGCCUCAAGUGACCUUGGGCAAAAAAAACUUUUCUGCAAGACCACCUAAGCUAACACCAACAAAAAAGCGCACCUUCUUUGUGAAAUACCAUUUUCCUGUGGGCUUUUCCAAAAGUGGAGUGGAAAAGACAGGUUUGAUCACUGAGGUCGUUCAACUUGCCUCCAGUAAAAUUACAGAUGGAAUGGUGAGAUUCCAGCAGCGAUUUGUGUUUCCAAUUCAGUUUGAUGGCCCGAUGAUAGAACAUUGGUGGAAUUCUAGCCUCAUUUUCCAAAUAUAUGCAAAGAACAUCUCACAGAAAAAGCCAGAAGUUAUUGGAUCUGCGUCAUUACCUUUGCGUGUUGUCAUUCAGUCUGAGCUACUUUCUUUUACUAAGCAGCUUCCCGUGCAACAGGAAGAUGGUCAGAGCUCACUUGGCCCACUCAAGGUAACUGCGGAACUUGUUCUAGAUCACAAAGAUGUUGCUGGUGUUGCUACUAAAUGCAUUGGUAACACCCAACGUACUCCACUUUGUGCUCUUACAAGUCCCAAAAAGAUGCUACCAGAACCUAACCACCUAGCUGCCUGUAUCAAAAAUCCACAGAACCUAAAUGAAAUUCAUGAAGAAACUGCAACUAAUGUUCAGAAUUUGAUACUAACCAACCCAAAGUCACCUGGCCCUGUUGUGCCAAAUCCUUCAACAGACUUCAUAAAUGUGCCAUCCUCUCAUAAUUUCAUAAAUCAAACAAAUGGGUUAUCAAAAGAUAGUGCUUUGUUGCUGCAUGUGCUGUUGAUGGUACCAGAUGGGAAAGAUUUCAUUACAGGAGAAUCCGAGAAGCAACCACAAUGUAAUAUUUAUUUAACGUGCAAACUCUUCAGCACAGAAGAAGUCACCAAAUCUGUCAUUGCCUGGGGCACAACACAACCAGUCUUUAACUUUACUCAGAUGAUUCCUGUCUCUCUCUCUUCCAAAUAUCUGGAAAGGCUUAAGAACAAUGUGAUGAUAAUUGAAACUUGGAACAAAGUGCGGCACCCAGGACAAGACAAGCUGCUUGGGCUGGUGAAGCUCCCUCUCCAUCAGUUUUACAUGUCAUUCAAAGACUCCAAGAUUUCUCAAUUGCUGCUUGAUGCACAGUAUCCAGUUGUUGCUGUUGACAGCUACAUGCCUGUGAUUGAUGUGUUCUCAGGCCAGCAGAAUGGGAGCCUGCGAGUCAUUUUAGCCAUGGGUUCUUCAGAUCAGAUAACGGCACUACAAAGAUUAAAGAGUGAAGAGGAAACAUGUUCUCCCUUCAACCAGAGUUCAACUCAUUUCUUGGACCCAUCAUCAUCUAUUGCUAUGGUGGAGGACCAAGGAAAUGUAUUAGCAGAUCACCACUUUGAAUUGCAUGUAGAAAAGGUUAAGGGGCUAGCCCCGCUUCAGGCAACAGUCUGGGGAGAAGCAGAUUGUUAUGUCCUAUACUACUUUCCAGUUCAAGAUCCACAAGCCACUCUACUAAAAGGGCCUGAGUUCCUUGAAAAGGGAAUCACUUUGAAGCCUUUCAGAUCUGCAACCACACUCUGUGUUCCAGACCCCAUCUUCAACAGUGAGCACCAUCAUUCUCUUCUGUUGCCAACUGAAGUUCCAGUGCAAAGACUCCUACUCAGUGUCUUCUCUGCACAGGGGAUCAUGCCUGGAGGUGGAGUCCAGUUUGAAGUCUGGUGCAGGUAUUAUUAUCCUAAUGUGAAAGACCAGAUGGUUGCCAGAGGAACAUUGCCAUUAUCAAGGAUCUGUGCUAUGGUAACCACACAGCACCAUGAAGAUAUGGGAAUACAAACCUUCAGUCUUCCUCUAACCCCUAGACUUGAGAACAGGAAAGAACUCAGGAACCAGUCAGCAGGUUUACUGGAUGUGGGCCUAAGGUAUAGACGUACUCUAAGGACAGCAGAGGGAGUUGUUGCUGCCCGAGCUGUCUCUAUCUCAGUCCAGAUUCUUAGAGCCUGUGGUCUGCAAGCAGCAGCCAAGGCUUUGGCUGAGCAGGAACCUGCUCUGCAGUUUAGUGCUGCAGUCGGAGUCAAUGCAUUUGUCACCACCCAUCUCUCUUUCCUGCCCAAGGGAGAACUGCGCCAAACCCGUCCUGUGGCCUGUUCGUUCUGCCCAGAGUUCUCCCAUCACGUUGAGUUUCCAUGUAACUUGGUAACUCAGCACUGCAGUGGAGAGGCUUGUUUCCUGGCAGAGCUGUUAGAAUUCUCAGAGAUCACUUUUGCUAUUUAUCAUCAAAAUACCAAAGCAGCUGGAGAUAUAGCCAAUAUCAAUUUGUUCAAAGAGUAUCUUCUUGGAAUAGUAAAAGUCCCAACAAAAGAGCUGCUCGUCAAGAGAUCUGGGAUCACAGGAUGGUAUCCUAUCAUUUUGCCUGAAGAUGGGACUAUACUUCAUGGCUUGGAUCUUAUGCAGAAGAUCGUGGGUGGUCUAGAACUCUCCAUUUUCUUCACCCAUCCUGGAGACAGAGAACGAGUGUUGGAAGCUGCUGAGCAUUUGGGUUGGAACUCUGAGUAUAAGCUGAAGGAUCCAAUCAAGAUGGAUUCUGAGAAUGAGUCUGCCAUUGUCACUAUCUCUACCCCAAGGCUUUGGCUGCCUACUCAUUGUGUGUUGCUUGCUGGCCAGACACAUAUUCAUAAGAACACAUACUGCUAUCUCCGCUACAAGCUGUAUGACCGUGAAGGCUUCUGGACCCCUUUGAAGAAGCCCAAGGAAUGUACAAACAAAAAACUGGUCAUGGUUACUUUCAAAGCAUCCAAAAGAGCGGAAGUGACUAGGAGCCCAUCAUUGAUUUGGUAUUUCAGGGAGGAGCGUUUAGAGAUCCAAGUGUGGCGGGCUUAUGGCAACGAUAGUGUGGAGAGACCCCACCAGACAGACACCUGGAUUGGUUCAGCUUAUGUGGACCUAGCCAGACUUGGGGAGAGGUCAGCAGGGACAUUAACCAUCAGUGGUGUGUAUCCUCUGUUUGGAAGAAAUGCUUCUAAUCUCUCAGGAGCUGCUUUGCGUGUUCAUGUAGUUCUAUCCUCUCGGGCCUCACGUACUGGGCCUGUUCAUGAGGUGGACUACCUGGACUGCAGCAGCCAUAGUGAGUCUGAGCAGCUCCCCUGUGGAAACAAUGAGAUCCAGCUCUCUCCACAACAUGAGCACCAGAAAUCUUCUGCCUCUGUCCAAGUCCCAAGCAACAGCAGCUCAACGGAAGUCAGCCAGGAGCAACCUGCCGAGUUGAAGGGGACUUUCACAGUCAGUAUUCUGGUAGAAAGAGCUAUGCACUUGAGCUUGAAAGGGAGCCCCUUGACCAAGCGGAAAGUAUCAGUACCCAGUUGUUGUGUGUCCUUUGUGACAGCUGAGGAGUCGUCACCCAUCUACACCCAAGUGAUUAAAAACACUGAUUCUCCCAUCUGGAAUUUUCAACAGCAGUCAAGGCUAUCAAAAGAGCUUCUUCUGGACCCAAAACAAACAUUGGUCUUCAAAGUUUGGCAUAAAGGAGAUGAAGAAAGGGUGAUUGGCUUUGCCUCGGUAGACCUCUCCCCACUUCUUUCAGGCUUUCAGUUUGUAUGUGGGUGGUAUAACAUCACAGACUUCAGUGGAGAUUGCCAAGGGCAGAUCAAAGUUGCUGUGUCCCCUUUGGAGAGCUUGACACACUUCAAAGAAGAAAAACAAGCAAGACGUGGGGUGGAGACCCAUGGAGCACAGAUUCCUAUAUUCAGUCCCUUUUCCUUCCCUGCCUCUGACAUGUGUGCAGCAUUCUCCAGCAGCUUUGUAAGACAGGCCCCCGAACAACUUGCUCACAUUUCUUCAAAGGAAUUUGGCUUCUCUUCUACGGGGAGAAGCUAUAUCACAAAAACCCAGGCAUCACGUCACGAAGAGCAUGUGCAGAACAUCCGCAGAUUUCAUGAAUCCCUGCAGCAGGGAGAGACAAUCUUGCCAAGUGACGAGAAGCUUAUCAAUACACCUUUCUCCUCCCAUACUUCCAUCCUGACUUCUCUCAGGAAGAAUCUGAGUGAACUAGAUGAGAUUCAAAGGUACUUCAACCAGAAGCUUGCCAAACCUUUAUUUCCCCUCAGUCCUCAGGCUCAUUCUUCCAGCUUGCAGUGCCAGGAGAGCCAGAGGGACCCUCUACGACCCCGAGCCAGCAGCCUGGACACUGAGAGCCAGUUUAUUCUGGAAAAAUCCAAUAACCUGGUGUUGCAAGUCAGCUCCUUAAUCACAGAUCUGCAGACCAUCACCAGAAAUUCUCAAGCAUCUCCAAGUUCUCACCGAGCCAAGAAUCGAAGCCGAGAUGUCACCACCCUCUCAGGUGCUCAGGAGAGCACAGUGGUCAUGCAGGAGCCAUACCCAGAUCAAGGCCUUCCAUUGGCAAGAACUCCAGACAAAGGCGCACACUCCCCACAUCCCCCAACUCUUGAAGAGACUUCAGGUAGAAGAGUGUGCCAUGAGUCCCCAGGGCACACCUUACCCAUGACAAAGGUGCAGAGCAGUGACAUGGAGGCAGGCUUGGCCUACAGUGAUGAGGACUAUGAAGAAGACAUCAUUGAGCCCAAGGCACUCAAUGAAAUAACUACCAUGACAGAUAAAACUAGCCCUUGGUCUAGUUUUGUGUCAGACACAAGUGAAAUCAUUGGCUCUCAGCCUGAUGUGGUUCAGCAGGAAGAUCCUUCUUGUCCUUCACCAGAAUCUUGCUCCAACGAGGAGCAAAAAGUCAGGAGUAGCUCCACAUCCCAUCCUGCUAGCCUCAGGCCUCCUCCAUAUGAGAUUAAGGCCAGAGUUGGAGACCAUACCUCAUGUUUGACAUCUUCAGGAGCCCAACGGAGCAGCACCUUUAGGGACUGGAAUUCACCAAGAUCAGCAGAGGACAAAGAGCCCAUGCCAGAAGCCCAGGUUGAGAAUGCCACUGCCUCCAGUGAGCUAAGUGACUCUGUUGAUAGCUUUGAGAAACUCCCCCUAUUAGCCUCCCUGCCUGAAAGGAAAAACCACCAGGGUUCACCCAUCAACAACUCUGACAUCAAGCAGAAGUCAGCAACAUCGGGAGCCGAGGUGUCCACACUUCACAACCUCCUCCCAGAGCCCAUUGUGGUGCCCAACUUUUUCUUGCCUCCCCAGCAGUUGGAGGCAUCCAUGCGGAUGCUCUCACUGUCGGCAGCUCUACCCCCGCCAGUCUCAACAGAUCAGGUCAAGAGUGAGGCCACAAGGGGAACCCUGUCCCGAAGAUCUGGUCGCCCCAGACCUAACUCUCUGCCUCCUGACCUACCUGUGGAGGAAGCUCGUAGGAUUGCUCGGAUAUUCUCUUCCCAAUUCUCUCAGAAGGACUAGAGCAUCCCAGGAGCUGUGGGAAGGAUUGUCAACUUUCUGUCUCAGCCUCAUCCAGCAUGCAGGCAGCACUGGAACUGGGCACCCACCGCCUUCCUCAUCCACAGGCACUGGAACCCCCGUUCCAGAAUGGAGGGUCCCAAACAGCCCCAUAUUUGCCAGCCAGGACUUCUGCUGCUUCCUACUCUUGUGAGGUAGCAACUGGAUCUUUGUGCCCUCUAGAUUCACUCAUCUUUUGGCUGUGAGACCUAAGCAGGUAUCUUUCACUGAGAUUCCUUUCCCAAUAGCCUUGGCAUGGCCUGCCAACAGGAGCUCACCUGGGCCUGACUACAAUUGGUCCUUUCACCUUAAAAGUGGGGGAACCAAAGGAGGGUAGAUUGUGUGCAUUAUAGAGCCCAAGGAAUCCUAGGGUACCAGCAGUUUGUGGGCUUGAUAUAGGACUGUUUUUUAGAUAUAAAUUAUUUUUUCACUAUGUUGAACUUAGUUGAGAGGAGAGGAGGGGAAACAACCCAUUUUAGCUGAUUGUCUGAAGUUCUAACCAUGCUUUUAA